UAUUGAUAACUUUAGGAAUCUAGGGGAAAGUUAUAUAUAUGUGUUGGAUGAUGCUCCAGUCACCUGGUGUACCUUCCAGGUUUGACAGGUGAAAUGCAUACAUUAAAAUUUAACCUAUAGUUAUACUGUAAGUUAAAUUUUAUGCUAAAACUCAACAUGCAUCAGCAGUAAUUAGAGCAUAAGAAAUCCAUGCAGAAGAUAUGGAUGGUGAUGAUAGUGUUAUUGAAGAUGAAUGGGUAGGCUUGCGCAGAAGGUUCACAAUUGAAGGCUUGGAAUGGGAGACCUUGGAACCUAGUUCACAAACUCUCCAUGUGUGGCGUUGGGUGGUGGAUGCUGAGGCCAACCUGAAGACAGCUCGUCAUAUUAAUGAUAAAUUAAGAAGACAGCACGAUGAGGAAAAAGUGGAACUAGAUGAAUACACUCAACACAUACGUGCCAGAUGUGAGGAACGUGUAAAAGAACUCGAUGAUGAAGUUCGGAACUUGAGGGAAGAUUUGGAAUCUCUGCUGGCUGGGACACAAGCAGUAACAUCCUUGCUUCUCAAGGAAGGAUUAGAGGAUGUAGCUCAGAGUUCACUAGGUGAACAGAUUGCCUACCUGCUUGUGGAGCGGUUGAAGAUGAAUGAGGAGCUUGUAGCUGCUCGAACCAAUCCAGUUUCCAGUCGCGAGAGAGAACUGACAACACAGCUCAUCAAGGCAAGCACUGAAUUAGAGUUAUUAAAGCGUACCCAUCAAGAUGUAGUGUGUCAAAUGGCAGAAAUGUCAGACCGAGUCACCUUAUUGGAAAAGGCUUCACGUCAGCUAGAAUUGGAUAAUGAAACUUUGGCUUAUAAGCUUUCCGAGGCCUUGGCUGAGAUAGAGGAGAACGAAGGCCAGCUCCGACGAUAUGCCAAGAACACCAAUUUCAGACGAGGAGAAUCACCUUGCACCAGCUUGCGGAGUCACGAGGAGUACGGACCACCAAGCUUUGUAAGCCUACCACCCUCAGAGUGUGUAGUCAUACAUGGAGAUUCCCAGAGGAUGGGCAUUCACAGGAGAGAAUCCUCAAGAAGUAGUGGCAGAAGGAAAAUUAUAGAGCCAUUAAGAGCAGAAAGAGGCAAGUCACCAAGGAACAGUCAGAGGAGACAACACAGCAGUAAACUGAGAGGUGUUGGGGGAGAUGGUGGCAAGAGUAACGAGGCAGUACAGAAUGAUGGAGAGUUAGCAUUAUCAUCACUUGGAAAAGACCAUGUUAGCAUUGCAAGUUUGGGAUCUGCAUCCCCCAAGAAGCUCCACUCACUCUUUGAUGAACAAAUACAAAGUUCCAGGAACAGAAUCAGUAUGUUGGAGGAGAUCAGGAAGCUCCAAAGUGAGUUGGAAAAUAUUAAGAAGGACCUUAUUGAAGCUGGGGACAGAUAUGAGCUUAUUGUGCGAAAAUAUGAAGUCUAUAAAAUUAAGAGUAAAAAUAAAGUUUAUUCAGUCAGGUCAGCUUAUCAGUCAGAACUUGACACGUUAAAGCGAAGAAUUAACAAAUUAGAAGCAGAAGUGGCACUCCAGGGAGACCAACUUCAGGCUGAAGAGUCCUUAAGAAAGCAGCUGGAUGAGGACUUGUCCAGCAUCAGAACAGAACGUCAGGAGUUGGCCAUGAGAGUGCGUGAAAGUGAGAGAAUAGCCAAUGACCACAGACAGGAAGUGAAGUUACUUCAGGAGAAAGUUCGACUUAUCCAGAGUAUGAACCAGGAGUUGAGUGAAAAACUUCAGGAAUUAAGUGUAGCAGCUAUUGUUGGGUAGAACUGCAUAAUCUUGCGAGAUAAAACAGAUGACAGUGAAGAUUAGGUCUGCAUUUUUAUCUUUCCUGAAUUUAUAAAACAGAUUAAAAUACAUUGUUUUUCAGUGUACAAUACUGUAGUUUUUCUACAAUGUACACCCUGCAAACCAAAAAAUUAUACAUUUCUUCUGCCUGCCUGAAUUUCAGAGGUGGGGAAAGUGUCUACACUUUAAAAGCCAAAUGAAUAAUAAUAAUACUGUAGUACAAUAUAAUCAAAUUAAGCUCUAAAUCCUAGAGAGUCAUACAACAAAUUCAAAUUAAGAUGCCUGAGUUUUAUGGGAAGUACAGUGCCUGCACUUCGGAGGAGGAGUGGGAUAUUUGCAUUUUCGAUGGGUGUCUGAGCUGUGGUGUUGGCAGUACUCUGGCGAGACAGUGAUGGAGUGAAUGAUGGUGAAAGUGUUUCUUUUUGGGCCACCUACCUUGGUGGGAGACAGCCGGUGUUUUAAAAAAAAAUUGUACCUUUCUGAAUAGGCAGCUUAGGAGAAUAUAAUGGAAUGUGUUUUUCAUCACCCUACCUUAGUGGACAACAGCUAUGUUAAACAAAAAUGUUGCUGAUUUUUAAUUUUUUUUUCAGUCUCCUGUUUUCUUUAUUGCAGAGAAAAAUGGCAAAAUUCUUCAGAAUGAAGUUUGUGCUGACCAGUUGCUAAGGUCAAAUAUUUAUAAACUCUUCCAUAAAAAUAAAAAAAAUUUGUUCAUAUUUGCUAUAUUCAGUGUUUUAGAAAGACAUAUUUCUUCCAUGAAUGUCAAUUCCCCUUUCCAUAUCUACUGUACUUUGUAACUGCAAUAACUCCUAUAUCCGUCCAUACUUGUAAGGUUGUGGUGGAGAUGUUUGUUUAAACUUUGCAACAUUUAUAGUCAACUUGCAGCAUAAUGGUUGCAGGUGGAUCUGAAUGUUAAAGAUUACAUUGUAAAUUUUUAGUGUAUGAAAUAUACUGUUUAUGGGGAAGUAAUUUCUACAUUUCUAGUUUUCUAAUUUUCUAUAAUGCUUGGUAAAACUGGUAGUAGGAAAUUUAUAGUAUAUACUAUUUACAUGAUAAUGUACUUAACAUUAUAUGGGAUGCCCCUUUGAGCGAUGUCAGCUUUUGAACUAGGAAAAUGAAAUACUGUGCUUCCUUAUAAACAUAAUACAGUACUAUAUUAGUUAUGUAUAUUAAAAAAAAGAAACUCAGGGUCAUGUGUUCAAAAUGAAAAUGUUUCUUUGGUUAGCCAAGUAAAAUUCUUGAAUACUGUAAUAAUAUUUAAUUCUGUUUAAGGAUCUUUUCACUUCAGCAUAAUGUUGAGAUAUGUACUGUGUAUGAUAUUCUUCCAUAAAUGAAAACUGCAUAGAUUAGAGAUUUUAAAAUUUUUGUUAUCUGUAGCCAAAAAAAACAAUGACUUCAUUCAGGGGUACUGCACUGUUAGUGUUACCAGAUUUAUCGUCUUUAUUAAAUAUUAAGAGAAUAAGUGAAAUUAAAGCCCCCCCCUCUUUACAAUAUUAUAUUGUUCCACAUGUUAUGUUUACUUGAUAUUUUGGUAUGCAAAUUAUACCCAUAGCAAAUCAGUUGCUUAUUUUGAAAUAGAUGAAGAGCAGUAUGGUAUUCAGUUUAUGUAUUACUUAUUCCUGCAAGAGAAUUUUGAAAAUGAUUGAUAUAAUAUUUCUUAUACUCUUAUUAUAUAAAGUGUAUUAGAAUAAGUGGCUAUAUUGUAAAAUUAUGUUUGUAUCAACAAUCCUAUUACUUUAUGUACCAAAAACAAUAUUUAUAACUGCAGUAGAACCCCCAUAUCCACUGACUGGGGUAUGUGUGGUUUCAGUUGUCCACUGUUUAAUGUGGCCAAAAAAUACCUCUUAAUUUUGCAUAAUAAUGGCUCCAAAGCAUAAAAGUAGAAAAGCUAGCAAUUCUUCAAAGCCUAAGAGAAGCCUGAAGUGCUUCCCAUCAGUGAAAAAGUGAUAAUUCUCCACUUAUUGUGCAUAAUCUAUCAAUUAAACUUUAUGAUAGGUAUGCAUAGGACUUUCAUUAGGGUUUACUACUAUCCACAGUUUUGGUAUCUACAGCAAGUCUUUAGAAUGUAUCCCCCAUGGAUACAGGGAUCUUAUUACACUACUAGAUUUUUUAACAUCUUAUUUUUAUAUUAUUUAUGUAAUAUCUUUAUGUAGAACAAUUAUUUUAUCUGUUUUAUGAAUAAGAUAUAUAGUAAAUAACAUAUGACACAAAUUGUAUGUUUUUAUGGCAUUAAACUCAAUGAAUUGUCAGAAA